AUGUGGUUCUAUCCACGAGCUGCAAAUGCCGAUGCCCACAAUAGCACAGCUCCCGCAGCGCCAAUGAUCACCCCGUUCAGCUUCCCCUGCGGCCAAAACUUCCUCAAUGUCUACUUUCAAGGCGGCGUCGAAAUGAGGGACAAGUGUGUACCACCAAACUUCGAGCGGUACUGGUGGUCGUCCGUGGGAUACUACUCUCCGGCUCUAUGUCCCAAAGGCUACACUGCAGGAUGUAUGAGAUGGAAUAGCGAACAGGGACCGGCUGCUGAACCCACCGAGACAGCUGUUCAAUGUGUGCCGAGUGGUUAUGUCUGUGAUACGAAGCACCUAUCAAUGGCCUACUCGCGCAGUCACACGGCGCCAAUGAUUCAAGUUCGAUGGGCCGAAAGUGAUCUCUCUCGGUUCCCGACGCAUCCUUUAUAUCCCGGCGCCAAACCAACAAAUCAUGUUCAGAAGGAUGGUAACGCCGAGCUAGUUGCCCGUGCCAGCUUCGACGGUAGUUUCCGUCCCGGGCCGACUCCUACAUCCGGAGGCGGUUCUGGCUCAGGUGGUUCGUCCGGAAGUGAUGACGGUGGUGGUCUGUCUACGGGAGCCAAGAUAGGGAUUGGUGUUGCUGUACCGGUUGUAGUUUUGGCCUUGUUUUCCAUCGGCGCAUUCUUCGUGUGGCGUGCGUAUAGGAAGAAGAGGCUAGGAAAUACCGGGGGACAGCAACCGCACAUGCAAUACGGGCAGUAUCCUCAGCAGUAUCCUCCCGGGCCGCAAUAUCCGCAGCCGGUUGUAUAUGCGAGUCCCGGGCCACAGCCGAUGAUGGAGCCCGGCCGAUACGAAAUGCCCGCUCAUGGAAAUACAUCUCCGACCGUUUUGGGCUCCGAGGCCGCAGGACCUGCUCUUCCAGCAUCUGCAGUACUGGCAAAGACCAGAGAUGGCACUGCCCAAAUGGCCUCCCAAUCUCAUUCCCCUGUGCCGGCUGGGUCGGAGCUGGAUGGGCAGACAUAUAGAACGGAUAUAUCAACUGCCAAUGCUUCGGAAUUACAUGGAACCAGCCAAUCGCCUCCCAUUGAAGUGGGCUCCGAAUCACGACAAGAAAUGGACGCCAACCAGCAACAGAUGCCAUCGUCCCCUAUACCGAGGAAACAAGUAGGGAGUCCUGGUCACCAAGUCAGUCCCAUGUCACCAUCAACAGCGGGUCCGGACACUAUGGUAGCAAUCAUGCCUGGCACAGACAACAGUGGUGUUUCAACAUCUGCAGAGGCCGGUGCUUUCUCAUUUCAGACGUCGGCCGAGCCCUCUGCUGACGAAAUUGCGGCCCUUCAAGCACAACAUGCUCAGCUUGAAGCUCGAAAGCAACGACUCUUGGAACUGGAGCAAAUCGAAGCGGAGCAGGCAGAUCUGCAGCGGCGGAUGAAUUCAGCAAGGGGAAACAGCCCGAGCUAA